AUGGCCUUCCGUCAGGUACUAAGCAAGGCAAUCCUUCCAGGAUUGGAACAAGAUCUUUCCCGAGCCAUUUCCAAGGAGAUCUCCAAGGUUCCCAGCAUGGUGGACUGUAUGGUAGCCCCUUCGGUGUUCGCCUUUGAACCUGCCGCUGUUGCUUCUGCUGCUGCGGGAGCCUUUGGACGUUCUGCCCAACGCCAUUCCCGCAUGGUCAAGGUGGAAUACCCAGCCCCCAAGCCAGGUUUGUUUACCAUCUAA